AUGUAUAUAAAGUUUCUAACUCAAGAUGUGGGUUUCUGUUUCAUUUUCAGAUAUGGGACACACACACAUGGACGUUUUAAGAAUUUGGGAAUUCCUGGUCCAAAACCUCUGCCUUUUUUGGGGAAUCUUCUGUCCUAUUCCAAGGGUCCAUGGCUGUUUGAUACAGAGUGUCAUAGAAAGUAUGGAAAAAUUUGGGGGUCAUAUGAAGGUAGACAACCAAUUUUAUCAGUCACAGAUCCAGAUGUCAUCAAAACAGUGCUUGUCAAAGAAUUUUACUCUGUCUUCACCAACCAUCGGCCAAUUCGUCCAUCAGUCUUGAUGAAAAACUCCAUGAAUGCACUUGAAGAUGAACAAUGGAAGAGAGUACGGACAUUGCUAUCACCCACUUUCAGCAGUGGAAAACUGAAGGAAAUGUUCCCCAUUAUUGAACAGUAUACAGAUGUGUUGUUGAAAAACCUGAAGCGAGAAGCAGAGAAAAGUGCUCCCGUAUCCAUGAAAGAGAUCAUGGGGGCCUAUAGCAUGGAUGUGAUCGCUGGCACAUCGUUUGGAGUAAAUAUUGACUCCCUCAACAACCCACAAGAUCCCUUUGUGGAGAAAGUGAACAAGCUCUUAAGUUUUCAUUUUUUCAAUCCAUUGAUUUUCUUAGGGC